AUGAUAACGCCAAUGGUAAUGAUAAAGGUAAUGGCAGAAGAGUUAGUAAUGGUUGGUAAUGAUACUGAAAAUGGUGUUGAGAAUGACAGUGAUAAAGGUAAUAGUAGCAGUAGUAAUGGUAAUAGUGAUGGUAGCAGUAUUGCUAAUGAUACUGAUAGUGAUAAUGAUAAUUAUAAUGACAAUGAUAAUGAUAAUGAUAAUGAUAAUGAUAAUGAUAAUGAUAAUGAUAAUGAUAAUGAUAAUGAUAAUGAUAAUGAUAAUGAUAAUGAUAAUGAUAAUGAUAAUGAUAAUGUUAGUGAUAAUGAUAAUGAUAAUGAUAAUUAUAAUGAUAAUGAUAAUGAUAAUGAUAAUGAUAAUGAUAAUGAUAAUGUUAGUGAUAAUGAUAAUGAUAAUGAUAAUGAUAAUGAUAAUGAUAAUGAUAAUGAUAAUGUUAGUGAUAAUGAUAAUGAUAAUGUUAGUGAU